AUGUCUCCAACUCCUCCAUCCAAACGACAAAAAAUACUGACCUCUACAGAAAACAACAAUAACAAUUUUCAUUCAAAUACCAACAACAACUUGUCAAACGGGAUGGAAGCUAACGGAGAAGUUCCUGAUUUGGACGAAAGUCUUUAUAGUCGGCAGCUUUAUGUCUACGGGGCUGAAGGCAUGCGCCGAAUGGCAACAACAGACAUUCUAGUUAUUGGCCUGGAAGGACUUGGGCUCGAGGUCGCUAAAAAUAUCAUUCUGGCUGGAGUUAAAUCUGUAACGUUGUGUGAUGACACUCCAUUAUGUAUAGCUGACCUCACAUCUCACUACUUUGCGGACCUUAAUGACAUAGGUCAUCCACGUGCUGAAAUUUGUAAGAAUAAGUUAAGCGAGUUGAAUAAUCAUGUGUCUGUCCGCGUGUUAAACAAACAUAAACUUGGUGCUGAAGACUUUAGGAAGUUUAGUGUAGUGGUGCUAAACCAGGGAUCUGAGGACCUAUGUGUGGAGUAUGGAGACAUUUGUCGGAGUUUAGGUGUCAAAUUCGUCGUUGCUUCAACAUGCGGACUUUUUGGCAAAGUGUUUUGUGACUUUGGGACAGAUUUUGUAGUGUAUGACCCAACUGGUGAAGUUCCAUCUUCAGUCAUGAUUCAGCAAAUAGAGAAGAGCAAACAAGGACUUGUAACUUGUUUGGAGGAGACUCGUCAUGGGUUUCAGGACGGUGAUUAUGUAACUUUUUCUGAAGUAAAAGGGAUGGUAGAGUUAAAUGGUUGUCAACCCCGAAGAGUAACAGUUGUUGGACCUGAUGUAUUUUCCAUUGGUGACACGUCUAAUUUUGGUCCAUACAUAUCUGGUGGGAUGUGUACUCUUGUUAAAAUGCCAUUAAAAAUCAACUUUCUACCUUAUCGGACAGCCUAUUAUUCCCCAGUUUUCAUGACGACAGAUUUCGUUAAAACUGAGCAUCCCGCACAGAUUCAUCUCUUCUUCAAGGCCCUCAGUGAUUAUAAGAAUAGCAACGGAUCUCUUCCUAAACCUUGGUGCAGGACUGAUUCCUGUACUUUUGUGGACUAUGUCCAUAAAGUCAAUAAACAAAUGGAAAACACAAACGCUUCAGUCUCAUCAAUCGAUGAAAAACUAGCUAUGCUCUUUGGAUGCGUUUGUUCAGGUCAAUGUUCCCCCGUCUUGUCUUUUAUAGGCAGUUUCGCUGCCCAAGAAGUUAUGAAGGCUUGCAGCGGUAAGUUCACGCCGCUGCAACAGUGGAUGUAUUUCGAUGCAACUGAGUGCCUCUCGAUGAGUUCAGAUGAAGAUUUCGUAGUCUCAGAGAAUGAUGCAAAGCCGAUUGGAUCUCGUUAUGAUGGUCAGAUUGCCAUAUUCGGCCGUGCGUUUCAAGAGAAGCUGAAAGGAUUGAAGUAUUUUGUUGUUGGUUCAGGUGCAAUUGGAUGCGAGCUGCUAAAAAACUUCUCGUUGAUGGGUGUUGGUGCAGGACCGUCUGGAAAAAUUGUUGUGACGGACAUGGAUCUCAUCGAAAGAUCAAACCUUAACAGACAGUUCCUGUUUCGUCCAUGGGAUAUCCAUAAAAUGAAGUCAGUCGUGGCAUCAGCCGCUGCUAAAUUGAUAAAUCCAGAGCUUAAUAUUGAAGCUCAUGAGAAUCGUGUUGGACCGGAGACGGAGAAAAUAUAUGACGACGAAUUCUUCGAGAAAUUGGAUGGAAUUGCUAAUGCGUUAGACAACGUUGAGGCCCGCACUUAUGUUGAUCGUCGUUGCGUUUAUUAUCGCAAACCUCUUUUAGAAUCUGGAACCCUGGGAACUAAGGGUAAUGUACAGGUUGUUAUCCCUUAUUUGACAGAAUCUUACUCAUCUUCACAAGACCCUCCAGAAAAAUCAUUCCCUGCGUGCACUCUGAAAAACUUCCCUUAUCUGAUUGAGCAUACCCUCCAGUGGGCACGCGAUCUGUUUGAAGGACUUUUCGUCCACCAGUCACAAGCAAUGAGUUCGUUUUUACAGGAUCCAUCUGGCUUUUUAGAACGAACAUUAUCAAAUCAAGGAAAUCAACCUUUGGAAACACUAGAAACUUUAAAAACAAAUUUAUUAGACAAAAGACCAAGUAGUUUCGAAGAUUGUGUCACUUGGGCUAGAUUACUCUGGCAGACAACACAUUUGGAGUUUAUUUCGGCGGCUUCAAACCUUCGCGCUGAAUGCUAUGGUAUCCCUCAAUGUCGAAACCUGUCCAAAAUUUCCGAAAUUGUUCAAAAUGUAGUUGUCCCUCCGUUUGUUCCUCGAUCAGGCGUACGGAUUGAUGUAACCGAGGCAGAGGCUCAAGCAAGGUCAGCUGCACCUAUGACUGAUACAUCUCGACUUGAAAAACUUCAGAAAGCUUUACGUAGCUUCAGCAACACUUCAACACUGCAUAUCAACGUAAUUGAAUUUGAGAAAGAUGAUGAUACAAAUUUUCAUAUGGACUUCAUCACCACAGCAAGCAAUUUAAGGGCCGAGAAUUAUGAAAUCCCUCCAGCUGACCGACUAAAAAGUAAAUUAAUUGCUGGUAAAAUUAUCCCUGCAAUUGCAACUACAACUAGUUUGGUGGCUGGGCUGGUAUGCCUAGAACUACUUAAGCUUGUUCAAGGACACAAAAAACUCGAACUGUUCAAAAAUGCUUACGUCGAUUUAGCGUUGCCCUUUACUUCAUUUUAUGAACCUGUAGCACCUAUCAAGUCAAAAUACUACGAUACAGAAUUUUCUUUAUGGGAUCGGUUCGAACUUUCAGGUCCUAUGACCUUGCAAGGUCUAAUUGAUUACUUCAAAGAUAGUUUGAAGUUAAAUGUAACAAUGUUAUCGCAAGAUGUUUCUAUGCUCUAUGCAUUCUUCAUGCCAGAAGCAAAGCGUAAGGAACGUCUAGUUAUGUCAUUAAAAGAUCUGGUGGAAGUAGUCAACAAACGCAAAAUACCUCCCCAUGUCAAAGUACUGGUAUUUGAUGUCUGUUGCAGUGAUGAGCAUGAUAAAGAUGUUGAUGUGCCAUAUAUCCGCUAUGUACUGGAACCAGCCAAUAAAGUUCAUUUAUUCAUGUCUUUCUCAAAUAACACAGGUUUUAAGUUGAUGAUUACUCCUUUACGAAACCAAACUAUUUUUCACCCAUUUUAA